GGGGCCGUCUUAUCAACGGUCGUACGACCGUUUUUGUCGUACGAUUGUCGUACGUCGAUCGUACGAUUUUGGCGGUGUCUUAUCAAACGUCGCAGAUUUUCAUAAUCGUACGAUUAUCCUAAGAUCAUGCAUUUUUUCUGCGAUCGCUGAGAAGCAGUCGCAGAUCAAACAAAAUGGCCGCCUUACUACUGGUAAACGAACGCCGCCGACGAAAAUCACGCUGUUUUCGCCAACGAACGGUUCACCUUGAUGAUUUAACCGAUCGAGAAGUCAUUUCCCGAUACAGGCUCAAUAAAGCAGCGAUUAAAGAGUUGGAGGAGCUCUGUCGUGCUGAUCUUUCCCCUAAAACGGGUAGAUCGCAGUCUAUUGGCAGCAUGACGAAGGUUCUCAUAGGACUGAGAUUCCUAGCAAAGGGGGAUUUUCUGUCGGAAGUUUCAGACUUGCAUGGUGUAUCAAAAGCGUCAGGGGCAGUUAUUGUGGACGAGUUUAUUUCUAGUGUCAAUGCUAGAUUGAACAACAUCAGGUUUCCAACAGACAGAAAUGACAUCAUUCAGUUGAAGAGAACUUUUUAUCAAAAGUCUAGGAUCCCUAACGUGAUUGGAGCAGUAGAUGGGACAUUGAUUCCUAUUGAAGCCCCAAAAGAAAAUGAAGCUGCAUAUGUAUGCAGAAAAAAUUUCCAUGCACUUAAUGUGCAAGCUGUUUGUGACACAGAUAUGAGAUUCACAGACGUUGUGGCAAUGUGGCCAGGGUCACAGCAUGACUCAGCCAUAUUUGAUGCAUGUGGUUUGAAGGAUUAUCUUGAAAGGACAGGUGCUGGGAUGCUGCUGGGAGAUAGUGGGUAUCCUUUAAGGAGGUACCUACUAACUCCGAAGUUGAAUCCCACUACACAACAAGAGGAGGAAUUCAACAAGUACCACAGUAGGGGCAGAAUGGUUAUUGAAAGGGCUUUCGGCUUGUUGAAGUCACGGUUUCGUUGCCUACACAGGACUGGUGGUGUACUUCAAUUCAAGCCAGGAAAGUGUGGCAAAGUUGUGCUGGCUUGCAUGAGGCUCCACAACUUAUGCGUUAAUCGAGGAGUGCCAGAACCUCAAGGUGUUAUACCAGAGGCAACAGAAAGCACCCCAUACAUCCUUGAUAACCCAGGAAGUGAAGAUGGGAAUUUAAGAGAUCAAAUUGUUAGAUUGUUUUAAAGUGUAUUGGUCUACAAUGUGCAAAUUGCCCAUGCUUUUUAAAGAUAUUUUACCCCAGACUUUGAUUUUAUUGCUCAAUGACAUCACUGUUUGGAGUUUGGAUGCGAGGAAUUAUAUCACGAGGGCGUAGCCUGGGUGAUAUAAUGAUGCACAUCUGGAUGACAAACUGUGUUUUAUCAAGCGAUAAAAUCACCAAUUUGGAUAUCUUAUUUCAAUUCUAACACAACAUCAACAAAUAAAUGUGCAGUACCUGAGAUUAAGCAAAAUUGCCCCUGAUUUGUUUCCGUACUUCUUUUCAGAGUGUCGGAUUUUUAGCUCGACUAUACGAUGUAUCUGGAGAUCUGUCCUACUCGCCCUGGCGUGGGCGUCCAGAUUUCGGAUUAAAGUUUUGGUGCAGUAAAAUAUUUUUAACUAUAACUUUUUCAUUUCUUAAGGUAUUAACUUCAAAUAUAUGUUCCUUAUCAUCAACCACAUCUUAUGUGACAUGGUUCAUAACUUUAGCACCAAUAUUGUCAGUUUAAUCUCCCUUUGAACUUAGAAUUUUCCUUAAACAAUAUUAUUUUUUACUGUUAUUUCUUUAUUUUUUACGGUAAUUAAAGGAUCAACUUCAUACUUCAAAUGUUUAUUCCUUAUCAUUAACCACGUCUAUGUGACAAGAUUUAUAACUCUAGCAGCAAUAUUGCAAGAAUUAUCUCCCCAUUAACAUAGAUUUUUACUUGAAAAAUGUUAUUUUUUACUAUAACCUCUUUAGUUUUAAAGAUAUCUGCCUCAAACUUCAAAUACACAUUUCUUAUCAUCAAGCAGAUUUUAUUUGACAAGGUUCAUAACUCUUGAAGCAA